CAACAUCCUACAGGCAUUACAGGAUCUUCACAAUGACAACGCUAUAUAGACCCACGGACGCUGUCCAACUGUUGAAGCCAGUGCUUCGAUUCCCACGGGUACUCUCUGGCAAUGGAGUCGCACGUAUUCCCUUCUCCACCUCGCAUGCGCCGAAAGCUACGACAAAUACAACGAGUUCAAGCUCGCAUCCGCCGCCCCCACCACGCCGAUCAGUCACAAUUGCAAAUGACACUGGAAGUGUGCGAUGGAGUGAUUUGAGUAUGGGCGAGAAGGCAGCGCGCACAACACAGCAGAGCGCCAAUCUGAUAGUCGUCGUAAUUGGUGUAGCUUUAACUGGUACUGUGGGGUACUUCCUCUUCAGCGAUGUAUUCUCUACCUCAUCGAAAACGGCGUAUUUCAAUCGUGCUACGUCUCGCGUUCGGCAGUCCCCCGCAUGUACAGCAGUCCUUGGACCUUCGGACCAGAUCUCAGCCUUUGGGGAGGCGUCAUGGUCGCGAUGGGCGCGCAAUCGAUUCAUCGCCAGCAGCACGGAGACUGACAAGUGGGGCACCGAGCAUAUGAGGUUCAAAUUCUACGUAGAAGGACCACUGAAUCAGGGAGUCGUACACGUACAUCUUACGAGGAGGCCGAGCCAGACCGAUUAUGAAUACGCGAUGUUGGCGGUGGAUGUGAAGGGGCACCAGAGGAUUUGGCUUGAGAAUGCAGAUUCAAGGAAGGAUAGCAAGGUUGCUCCCAAGUUUUUCGGAGCGAGGUGGUGGUGAAAUCUCCGCAAUGAAUGCUGGAAAAUUGCAUGUUUGAAAACCAAGGCUGGGAACGAUUGUGCGUUAUAAUGGCAACAGGUUAUUCUCCUUAUUUCAAGAGGGGGAAUCAUCGUGUUUUCAAAUGGCGACCGCAACAUAUGACCCUAUGUGCAUCUCAAUCAAGUCCAAUCGCAAUUUUUUGCGAUAGAGCAUCUUUAAACAUUUUAUCUAGGCAGAAAUUCAGAUAUACAAUUGCAAAUAAAGCCAGUCAGCACUUU